AUGUCAACAAUCGAUCUAUUCGGAAAUAAACAACCGAUUUUCAAUUAUAUGCCAAAUCCGGGUCAUGUCGAUCCGACGCUUUUGGAUCAACGAGAACGAUGGAUGGAUCCGAGAGAAGAGGAAGGCUGGUGGCAUUUGUUUCCCUAUGGACCGUUGUACAACGACGCGAACCUCUUGAUCAAACCGCAUCACGAUCGACAAAUCGAUUUCGAUUUCGAUUUCCCUUUUUAUGGUUUUCGAUUCAAUUACACAAUGAUUUAUCCAAAUGGCUUUCUUGCCUUCUCCGAUCCCGAAUUCAUUCAACCGCCAUACACUUUUCCAAAUCCAAGAUGGCCUGAGCAAAAGGAUGCGUCAUUUAUUGCUGCUUUCUUUGCUGAUCAAACAUUUCAAUAUGUCGGUGAAAGAGGGAUAUCGAAUGUUUGGUAUCGUAUCGUUUUUCGUCCUCGUGCUUAUGAAACAUUCGACGAAUGGGGAAAUCCACUGAUGGGACCAAGGGAUUCCGAGUUUGGGCGCAUGUUUGAAACAUCAAGAGAUCGAUAUGAGAAAAAGAUGUGGGGAAGAGUUGAGGACUCGAUACUUCUUGAUAAUAUUACAAUGGCUGUUCGAGAUGGGAUCAUUGGAGCUUGGGGUUUUCGUGCUGACUAUGCUGUGAUUGUGACUUGGGAAAGAAUGGCCUACGGAGGAGCACCGAAAGUGACACAAGUAAAUCGCUAUGAGGAGGCUCGUCGAUGGACAAAUACCUAUCAAAUAGUAAUGGCAACUGACGAGAUUCGCUCGUAUGUGAUGUUCAACUAUGCUCACAUUAAUUGGACCUCAUCGAAUACGGCUGGAGCUUUGAUGGGAAGAGGAGGACUUCAAAGUGCAAUGGCUGGGUUUAAUGGCGGAAACGGAACUGGUUGGACUCCAUUACCGUAUUCGGGAGAGGGUCGUGUGAUUAAACUGAAAGAGUUCUCAAAUGUCGGCAUUCCGGGACGAUGGUUGUUCAGAGUUGAUGAGGAGAUCAUUCGAGCAGGAUGCAGUAAUGAGAGUAUUGGCUUUAUGACAACAGCUCCGAUAGCAGCGACAAUGAUUGGUGGAGUUUAUGUGAAUGUUUCGGGUCCAUGUCUACGUUCUGGUGAUGUUGUGAAAGUGAUUUUCGACGAAUAUCAAGUCGAUUGCAUUCGGCUUAACAUGCAUCGAGCUCAAUGCGUUCUCCCAGUGAAUCGUAUGUACAAGACUGGACUGGUGAACACAAAGAUGAGUCGAGACGGUGGCCAGAGUUACCCAUACAUUGGCACAUUCUAUAUGCUUCAACCAGCGCUAGCGGCACCGCACAUCAAACUGAUCGACAACCCGAAAGAGCCACAUAAUAAUUGGCGAAGUGCAAACGCGACAAGAUUACGUCUCGAAUGGGCACCGAUGAAUUUAACAACAGAUAUGAGUGCUCAAGUUGACAUCAAAUUAAUCGGCUAUUGGGAGGAUACGGAUGAUCAUGUGUUUGAAGAGGUGGGCACAAUUGCAUCAAGGACAGCAAACGACGGUUUAUACGAAUUCGAUCCAAGGACUUUAGCCAGAACAACAAUGGUUUUCAACUCUUGGAGACGAUUUUCUUUUGGUUUAGUGCGAAUCUCAAUUUCCGAUUCUGAGGAAACAACUGGGGUUUUCUGGUCAAAAUUGACCCCAUUUGGGUGGUAUUUCCGUGAUGUUUGGCAAUACGAGUUGGGAUCUGAUUGGGCAAUGGAGUUAUGCCAUGAUUGGUUUGACUACGAUGGGAAACGCGUGAAUUUUGCGAUGGAUCUCGAACCGUUCAUCCCGUGUCCUUGCACUCUCGAUCAGGCUCUUUUAGACAUGGGUCGUUACAUGCCUUUGUUCGGAUGCGAUAUGGAUGGUGACGCGUCAUGUGAGUACAAUAAAGGAUCCCAACACUGUGUGAUGAGUACAGCUGCUACUUGGACUGGAGCCGGGCAAGUGUGCUGCUUCGAUUUCUCCGGUUGGCUUAUGCAUUCCGACGACUACGAGAACGCGGCACAUCUUCGCUUUUUCAGUCCCGGUACUGCUCAACGUGCUCAUCCGAUGGGCUCAUUUCCUUUCAAGCGACCACCUUACGUGCCCUCACUCUCCAAUUACCACACUGAUGUUAUGGCUUAUGAGAAAUGUUGCAAAUGGGCCGGUCAUUGCGAGUUCUACUUCUGGAGACGGCAAACGUCGGGUUGUCAAGAGUACAUCCCCCCAGUGGCUGGCAUUGCUUAUGGUGAUCCACAUUUCAUCACCUAUGACGGAAGCAAAUAUACGUUCCAAGGAAAAGGUUACUACAUUCUGACGAUGUCAAAGGAUCCACGUCAUGAUCUGAUGGUUCAAAUUCGAAUGGAACAACCCCCAAAUACUGAUUGGAAUCAAGUGGUGCACGCGUCGGUGAUCACCGGAGUGGCGGCUCGAGAAAAUCAAUCAGACAUCGUGCAACUGUUUGCGAGAAAAGAGCACAGAAGAUGGAGAUAUCGAAUGGAUAUCGUUGUCAACGGGCAUCACCAAUAUUUCGAUACACCUGAGCUGAAAAUGCAAAGAUUUAAAGGAGUCACUCUACGAAGUCCAGAACGAAAUCACAAUCAAUCGGAGAUUUGGGUAAUGUUUGAUUCGGGAGCAGGUCUUCGUGUCGCCGAAGCUCACGGUGUUCUCAAUAUUAUGACCCUUUUACCGCCGGACUUCAACGAGACUUUUGCGCAUUAUCGUGGAUGGGACUUUUUCGGGGGCCCAAAUCGACAAGAUGAUGGAACUUUGAUGGGUACGCUCAAAGAUUUAUUCGUCGAUCGAGUCCAAGGACCCGCGGAUACACUUCAAAAUCUUGCCGGUGGCCAACGAUAUAUGACAGUGGGCCUUAUGGGCACAUUCAAUGGGAAUCCAAUCGACGAUUUAAUGGACCCAGCUGGACGAAUUUAUGGUGUCAGUCAUCCACCCACUGAUAACGACAAUAUGAGAGCUUACGAAUUUGGACAAACUUGUAAG